AUGUCAGACAACAUGCAGAGGAGUGGCAGAGGAGGCAAUGUUUUAGGAGCGAGCAGACGUGGCAGCAGCAGAGGAAGGGGUCGAGGCAGCACUAUUCGCAGCCAGAGGCCAGUGCUCCCGGUGUCAUCCAGCGGUCGUGUCUCCACCGACAACCCUGCCGUCAUCGAUUGGUUGGCUCGGUCGUCUUCCUCUUCCCAGGUCACCUCUGACACCUACAGCCAACGGUCGGUGGGUACGUCAGACACAACCGUUAGUUGGCAUGGCCCGGGAGCAAGCCCACUGAAAUCACAUGUCCUCUACCUGCCCCUGUCCUUUGGUGUUCCCUCACCAAGCGAAGUAUCGCAUGCUGUGGGCUCAGCCCCACUGUACAGUGAGGAAGAGCUAACAGAGGGCGGUCAGGAACGGGGGGAGACAUCCGCCUCUUCAGCAGCCAGGCGAAGAAGUACUGGCGAGGGAGAGUGGCUCGGUAGCCGGUCUAGAGACAGGUCUGUCUCCUGACCCACAUGCAGCCGAGGGGGCUAGUAGUGAGGCAGAGACCCUAAUUGAUGAUGAUGAGGCUGAUCACACUUGGCAGCCUCGUCGUCAUCAGGCUAUUGCUUCCGCAUCAUCAGGAGAAGAGCUUGCCAGCUUGGCAGCGAGCAAAACAGUCGGUGGGUUGCCCAGGAGGCAGCAGGGUCGCAGCAGUGUCAGUGGAGCCAAACGGCCACGGAGUAGAGCACCAGCUCCACUGCAGCCUACCACCACGGCCAGUAGUGGUGCCGGUGAGGAAGUAGCAGUCAGCCAGUGAGGAGUAGCGGGGGCAAAGUUUCCUACUCGGCGGUGUGGCAAUUUUUCGUCAAGCCGCGCCCGAGGAAGUAAACGUAGCCGUAUGUCGACUAUGUGGCCAGAAAGUCAAGCGUGGCCAGGGGGCCCAUGUUGGGACUACAGCGUUGCGUCAGCAUAUGCAGCGUCGCCAUUCGGUGGCCUGGGAAAACCGUGAUAAAGAUACGGCGGUUCUGCCUGCCCCAGCCCCCGUUUCAUCACCCGCUCCGUUACUUGCUCCGUCACCCGACGUCAAUCGCCCUCUAUCAGCCAGUCAAGGCUCCAACACCUCUGCUGAGGGGAGUUGUCGCUCGUUGGCAUCUUCCGCUCGUUCAGAUGCUCCUUCUCCUGCUACUCCUCUUCACGGAUUCCGUCAGCAGUCUUUCUUGGAAUCCGUUUCCAAGAGACAACAGUUUGCGAGCACGCACCCGACGGUG